AUGUCAGGAGGGCUCAUAGAUAAAGUUUAUAUAGGCUUGGACAAUGCGCCGGCCGCAUUUGAUAUAAAAGGCCGUUUGCUGGGACCAAAUGGCACCAACUUAGAGUAUAUUCGAUCGGAGACUGGUGUUGUUGCCGUUUUAAAAAGUGACAAAUUCGAGCCAUUGCAUUUGGCACUUCAUCACACUAGAUCAGAAGCUCUUGCGGCAGCGCGGUCAUUAGCUCAAAAUUUGAUAGAGACUAUACGAGCAGAGCUAGCGCAGUGGAGUGCAGCACAGGCUGGAGGGCCUCCACCGGCCUUGAAUGUUCCACCACCAACAUUGACUACGACAGCUGCUCCGCCGCCUAUUCCACCGCCUGCUGUUACUGUAUCGCUAUCAACCCCUUCGUCAUUAGCGACUAGCUCACACCAAACUGUCAUCCCUCCAGUUGUCAGUAUGGCCCCUGCAAGUACACCUCUAAUGACUGUUCGGCAACCCACCGUUUUACAACUUCUACCACAACAGCAGUAUGUAUUAAAUCAGGAAAAUGGGCAGUUAAUUCCUAUAGUACAACCGGGAAUGCAAGUUUCAAAUACCAACUUUACCUCACUGCCAAUUGCUCAACAGUUAAAUACAAUUCAACAACCAAAUUUUGGGCACACACAAAUUGUGGACAUAUCCAAUAUGCAGCCAGUGAAUGUGACUCAAUUAAGACUUAGUGGUGUUCCUUCAUCUAUGUCUAUGAUAUUACCAAAUGGACUUACAUUUCCUCAAGCAAGCUUAGCUACAGGAGACUGUACCACUGUGAGCUCAGCUACAUCAACACCAGUUGUGUGUGCUGCGCAGAGCACAAGUUCUCAGAAAAUACUGUAUAGUACGGACAAAGGUGACAAAGAAGUAAAGUAUCAUAUACAAGGAGCUGACACAGUGCAAUGGACUGUACCUGGAUCACAGACAAUGCUCAUUCCAUAUCAACAAUUUCAGGAACUAACUUCAAAUCAAGCAGGACUAACAAAUUUACAACCUCAACAAUUUGUUUCAAUAGCUCCAGCAAGUGGUUUCCAACAAACUUCCCUUCCAUUAUCAGCAGCACAGUUGCACCAAUUGCAGACAACUGGUACUAUAAUGCAAUUUAAUCAAAAGCCCAUAGUAAGCAGUGCCUCUCUCAUAAAUAUUAUUUCGACUGGACAAGCGUCUUCUCCACAAAUUAUAUCUAACUCAUCUACACCUACAAAAAAUUUAAAUCAAGAAUCUCGGGGACAAAAGAGACUUUCUGAUGGUACCCCUAGUCAACUGCAAUUGAGACCUAUUGCACCUGCAGGGUCGCAUGUAAGCCAGGACAAAAGUUCAACGAGAGACUCGCGAUCCUGGACCAACACAGCAGCUAGAGACAGCACCGUUGUCAGUAUGGGAAUGAAAAUCAAUCCACCACAUGGCACAAUCAUUCAUGUCUCUUCAGGACAGCAAACUAAUGUCUCCGCAUCGGGAAUUGCACAAGAUGGCACCGGCAUGUACAUAAAGCAAAUAGACCGCAACGCUAUUCAGAUACAGGCGUCGAAAGACGGCCAAAAACAAGAUCUCUCAACGAACAAAAUGCAAAACACUGCACAAAACGUUCAAAUGAUAACCGUGCCUCAAGGCAUGACUGUGCUACAAAAUCCAUUAAACCUUGGUCAAAUGUCGACCGUCAUUGGGCAACCGAAUAGCCAGGUCUAUAUGAUUCCUGCAAACCAUCCGAAUUUAGUCCAGGGAUCGUUGCCUCCGGGCUUAAUUGGGCAGCAAAUGCUGCAGCCAGGGCAGAACGUCACAGUAAUGCAGCAUAACCAACUAGGUAUGCCAGGUGGAGUACAAUACAACAUGCCAUUGAUGCCAAUGAACAUGCCGCCGAAUUCGCACUACAUGCCGACUGGCAUUAAUUUGAAUACGCAGCUGUCAGCUCAGCAGUUGAACGCUGCAUUAGCGGGACAACAGCUCACGAAUCAAAAUUUAUCUGUAUCUGGAACUAUUCCGAUAGUGCAGGCACCACCACCGUCUUCACCGAUGACAAAUCCCCAACAAACUAACCCAGUGUCUCAGCAGCCGCCUGUGCAACAGAUUGUACCACAAAACUCGACGUUCAUCACACCUACUUCUCAAUACACGGGAAUGCCCCCGCAAUAUAUGGUGCAAGCAAACUCCGGCAAUUUGUCCGUACCAGGCAGCAAUCCUACUGUUCAGUAUUCUUUAUCAACAAAUCCAUCCAAUCCUGCAACACCAACUAAUGGCAACGCCCAAUUAAGUGCUGGGGUCGACAGCGAUAAUUCAAAUGGGGCUUCAAAUCAAACUAGUUACAUUUCGUCUUCGUCACAGGAUAACAGUUACGCGCUAUCGAGUACUACUGGCGUGCAGAACCCCGGGCAACAAAAUUUCUCAACUGAUGGUACUCCUUCUCAAACGGCUGGAUUCGCACCUGGGAGUCAAUCGGUUAACCAAAACUAUAACGCCACUAACGGAAGCAGUGCCCAAACCCCAAAUUACAAUGUUGGCCAAACAAACACGUCGCAACCUCCGGCAAGUUAUAAUCCUGGGAAUGGAUCUAAUUCACAAACCAACCAAAACUACGGGGGCUCAAAUGCGCCCAGCUCUCAAAACACAUCUCAAUCUAACUUUUCGCCUUCAACCACACCUGGGCCAAGCCAGUCGUAUUCCAAUGCAAAUUUACCCAAUUUGUCCAAUGUGCCAUAUCCACCAAACCAAAAUUCGCAGAACCUGUAUCCUAAUGCCACUGGACAAAAUUUGGCGGCUUACGCCAAUAACCAAUAUCAGUAUAAUAGCAGGCCGUGGUUUAGACCUCGAUACGGUUCACCACAAAGCUCUCCCUACGGCGGCGCUGGGUCCGUACCCUCUAAUGGGCCCCCAAUGCCAGUACCUCCGCCUUCGGGGAAUUACAAUUACUGGCAAGACAGUUGA